GAGAUGUUGAACAUAUUACUAGAAGUUGGUAGAAAAUUAUGAGGUGAUUAUGAGCGAUAAUUAGUGCAGUGUUAGUUUUGGAUUACCAACAUGACAACGGAAAGGAUGGAGUGGGUGGAAAUUAUAGAGCCACGCACUAAAGAGCAUAUGUAUGCCAAUCUGACAACCGGAGAGUGCGUCUGGGAUCCCCCAUCUGGCGUACCCGUCAAGAAGACAGACAACAAUCAGUGGUGGGAACUGUUUGACCAGAAUACAUCCCGAUUCUAUUACUAUAAUGCAACAUCACAGAAAACAGUGUGGCAUCGGCCACAGAACUGUGACAUAAUUCCGCUUGCAAAGCUCCAGACGUUGAAGCAAAACACAGAGCCAGUAUCAGAAGAUGCAGUAUCAACUGACGAGCCUAAAAGAAAGGAGUCUGUUGCAACACAGACUCCUGGGCGGACUGUGAAGAACUCCAAAAGUCAGCAGGAUUCCAUCACACCAACUCCAAUUCCACCUGCUUCAGGUAGCAGCAAUAAGGCAGAUUCACUCCGCCCUUCUCAUGCUCAUGUACCAUCAAAUUGCUCCAACAAAUCAUCUGUGACUUCUGAGACUCAAACUUCCCCUGUGGGGUCACCACGCUCAGGUAGACGAGGACACCAUCACCACCAUCAUCGUCAUCAUCAUACCAGCAGUGGUGGACGUGGUGAGGAAGAGGGAAGUGGUCAGCGUGGCAGGAGGGGAAGUCAGGGCAGUGGAUCCUGGUACAAUAGAACAACACAUUCUCAGGAUUCUGGAAGAUCAAGUGACUCCAGUUCAGUGUCACACAGUCGCACAAGUCUUGAAUCUGGUUACCGUUUAUUAGAAUCUCCACAUCAUCACCAUCAUUCUUCCAACAGUCAUCACCAUCAUCAUCACAGUCAUCGUCACACUGCUAGCAAUCCAGCUGGACUGUCACCACCUCUUGAUCAUCGGCUUCGUGAUAGGGAUGUUCCUGCAAUCUCAUUAGAACAGAGACAUAGAGAUGGUAGUAGCGGCCUAACCCUUUCUACUAGUACUCCUCUUUUUAAGAAGAAACCUCUUGGUGAAGCUAAUUCACAGGUAUUUACCUUCAGAAACUAUAGACAUUGUAAUAACUUUAUUUGUACUCAGAUACUAAUUUAUCUGCGUGCUACCCAUAAUUUUGUUGGUGUCACAUUUUAAUGUAAGAUUUGAG